AUGGCCAUGCGCUCGACGAACGUCGUCGGCGACGCCAUGCUCUCCUUCGGCGCGGACGUCGCGCCCGGCGCGGCGCGGCCGCCGCCGCCGUCGGCGGACGGCGGCGACGGCGACGACGCGGCGCCGUCGUCGAGCGCGAACGCGGCGCCCUUCGAGCUCAACGCGAACCGCUGGGACCAGUUCGCCGCGGCGAAGUCGGCCCAGCACAAGUUCAAGGGCCUCCUCGCGCGCCGCGGGUCCGCGGCCCAGAACGUCGCGCCGCCGGCCGGCGUCGAGGCCGCGGAGCACUUUUUGGACCGCGCGCUCGAGGCCAUCGAGGCCCACGGGUGCUGCGACGACUACGACGAGACGCUGCGCAAGAUCCACCUCGAGCAGAUGAUCUUGGCCAUGGAGAGCGGCGACACGAGGACCGCGCGGACCCUCGCGGAGGCCGGCGACAUCGAUUUGGAGGCGGAGACUAGGCUCGUGCUCGCGGAGCUCCUCCUCAAGAGCGGCCAGGAGAAGGGCGCCGCGCGCCAGACCGUGCUCGCGGUCCAGAGCAACAACGAGAGCCGGCGGACCAUGCGCCAGACGAUAUCGAAGCGGGGCACGCACAUGAACGUGCGGCAGAAGUCGAUGAUCUCCCACGCGCGCGGCCUCCGCGCGGCCGUCGCCGGCCUCGACGAGGACGACGCCAUGGCCGACAUGGGGCUCGGGCUCGACUGGGCCUUCGACGAGAAGCCCGACAUGCUCGUGCGGGAGUAA